CUGAAACCAGCGGAUGUUCUCUCAAGAUCUCUUUUCUUUCACAACAAAACAGGAUCCGUGAGGAAAUAUUCCGGCAGUUAUGGGGGCUUUUCAUUCAGCGCCGGAAGAUCAUCACUAUAGGAUUUUGUCUGAGAAGACAGGCUUUUCACUGGAGCAGAUCAAGAUCCUUCAUAAUCGCUUCAAGCAGUUAAGCCACAAUGACGAUGUGCUACGGAGAGAUGAUCUCAAUACACUUCCAGACCUAGCAAGCAACCCAAUUCGAUCCCAGAUUGUAUCGGCUUUCUUUGACAGAAGAAACUUCCAGAAAAGAGGUGAAGGCUCAGUUCAAGAAAUUGGCUUUGAGGAGUUCCUCAUUGUCAUGUCUUACUUCAGAGCUCCAUCAGUGGACAUGACAGAGGAGCAGAGAGAAGAGAUAAGGAGGACCAAACUGCGCUUCCUGUUUAAUAUGCAUGAUACUGACAAUGAUGGGACCAUAACACUGGAGGAAUACAAACACGUGGUAGAGGAGCUUCUGUCUAGGAGUGGGUCACUCGGAAGGGAGACCGCCAAGGGCAUUGCAGAUGCUGCCAUGCUGGAGGUUGCUAGCAUUUCAAUGGGUCGCAUGGGUCCAGAUGAAUUUUACGAGGGGAUCACAUUUGAGCAUUUUGUAAAGAUUCUGAAAGGAAUAGAAAUUGAGACGAGGAUGCACAUACGGUUCUUAAAUAUGGACACGACGAGUUUGUGCAAAUAAUGCCCUAUCAGAAACCAAGGAUUCACCUGACAUCCCAAGGCACCAAUGAUAACUAGUAAGCUGAAGAUUAACACAAAGGUAAAUGGUUAUUUUUGCACUUAAAAGAUAGCAUUAAAUUGGCGAAGUACUGUUGUGGUGCUGAUGUUUCAUCAACUAAUAUAUUAUCAUAGAGUAAAUGAAUUGACAGAGUUGAAGGUGUGGCAUGUUUAAGUCUAUGGACAGUUGUCUCUUGACAUUUAGACAUAAAUAGACUGUGCAUGUUCACUGUAAGCACCACCUUGAAGAUGUGUGAUAAAUCACUUGGAGAAUCAACUUAGUUAUUUAUUUGUUACUUUUGAUCUUUUCAGUUCUAGAGACCUUAAUGUUAUUUAACUGUCAUGUCUAUUGGACUGUCUUAAAAGCAAAGAAUAUACUUUAUUCAGGGGGCAUGUUGGAUGUAGAAUAGCAAAAAAUAUGCUAUAUAAUAGCAAUAAAUAACCUUUCUAACUGUGAAAGACAAUACAUAUACACUGAUUUGAUUGAUGUCUGAUAUUGUCCAGUGUCAUUCUGAUGUAUUCCUUCAUUCAUCAGUAACAACUUUAUCCUAGUCAGUGCUGUGAUGGAUUCUGAGCCUAUCCCAGGGAUAUAUGUGGUGCAAUUCAAGGAUACACCCUGGAAGGGAUGCCAGUCCAUUGCAGGGCAUAGUAAAAUUGCACAACCCAUUUACAGCUAGUUAGAGUCUCAUGGUUUUGAAUCGUGGAUGGAAACAGGAGUACCUGGAGGCAACCUGUGCUAAUGCUGGGAGAACAUGCAAAACUCCACAGACAAUAAACUGAUUUCGGGAUUGAGUCAGGACCCUGAAGCUGUGAGUCAGAAAUGCUACCCACUAUUCUACUAUGCUGCCAAUUAAUUUGAGUAUCGCAAACAGCACACAUCCUAUAGAAUAUUACCUGAAUAUAGAAGACUCUAUACAUCUCUACAACAGUUAGCCAAAUAUAGCUAACUAAAAUAUUAUAUUGUAUAAACAAAAAAACUAUAAUGCCUGGUCAUUUCCACCAUUGGGCACCAUGGUGGUGCGGUGGUUAGCACGGUCUUCUCACAGCAAACAGCUUCUUGGUUCAAACCUGCCUGCAUGAGGUUCCUCUGGGUGCUCCAGUUUCCUUCCGUAGUACAGACAUUUGGAUUAGGUUAACUGGCUACUCUAAAUUGCCCAUAGGUGUAAAUGGGAGUCUGAAUGACUGUCUGCCUCUCUGUGUUAGCCCUGCAAUAUUCUGACAACCUGUCCAGGGUGUACCCCGCGUCUCACCCAGUGUUAGCUGGCAUUGGCUCCAGCUCACUCACUAUCUACAAAUGGAUCAGUGGCAUAGAAAUGAAUGAAUUUCCAACAUUCUUUUAA